CAAACUGAAUGUUUUCAUUUUGUUGUCAAAGUUAAAUUGUCAAACUGUUCAACAUUUGUUUUUGUAUUUUGAUCAAGAGGUUGUUUACGUAAAAUAUGCUUGGGUUUUAUUUUCGUUAUCCAAUUUUAUAUGUGACCCGGUGUAUGAAAUUGAAUUUACAAUGCAAUCGAGAACGGAACUAUAUGCUCACUCGGCAUCUCUACACUACCAGUUUUGUAUAUAAAAGGAGGAAAACAGCUGAAGAGAAGAAAUCUCCAAAAAUUAUCGAAUAUUCCCCUAAAAAACUUAAGAAUAAAAUACUUACAUUUGGUGUUGUUGAUGUUUGGAGACGAAUGACAGUUGAAGAAUUGGCUAACUCGCUCAAUAGGUGUUUAGAUGACGUGCAGGAGGUAAUGUUAUACGUUGACGGUGCUGAUAAUAUAGAACCGCAUGCGAGGCUUGAAGAUCUUAAAAUAAUACAAGAAAUAGUAAAAAAAUGUGGCAUGAAAUCACGUGUGGUCGCUGCACCAGAAAAAGAAAUAUUGAGCGAGUUAAAGGAUCGCGACAUUUUACCUCAGCCGCCUGCCCCUCUUGAAAACUUAAAGCCACGACCGCCAGUUGUUACUGUUAUGGGGCAUGUUGAUCAUGGAAAAACAACAUUACUUGACUCUCUUCGCGGUUCAAGUGUAGCUGCUGGUGAAGCCGGCGGAAUUACUCAACACAUCGGAGCAUUUACUAUAGUUUUAGAAACUGGAGAGAAAGUAACAUUCCUCGAUACUCCUGGCCACGCUGCUUUCAGUGCUAUGCGAGCACGGGGUGCAAAUAUAACCGACAUUAUUGUCCUUGUAGUUGCUGCUGAAGACGGUGUUAUGGCACAAACAAAAGAGGUUAUAAAGCUAGCUCAAGAUUCUAAAGUUCCAAUUAUUAUUGCUGUGAACAAGAUCGAUAAACCUGGAGCCGAUAUAGAAAAAACUAAACGUGACCUUAUGCAAAUGGGACUAACUUUAGAGGACAGCGGUGGCGAUAUUCAAGUUGUACCUAUUUCUGCAUUAAAAGGAACUAACCUUCAGCUUCUUACUGAAACUAUAUGCACUCAGGCUACACUGAUGAGUCUAACAGCGGACCCAACGGGCUUAGUUGAAGGAGUUGUUGUGGAAUCAAAAACUGAUACUCGACGAGGAAAGCUCUCAACUGCAAUUAUAACUAGAGGAACUCUAAGGAAAGGUUCAAUAUUAGUAAGUGGACUGGCUCAUGCAAAAGUUCGCGGACUCUUUGAUGAUAACGGAAAGCCAAUUGAAUGCGCUUCACCAGGUACUCCAGUUGAAAUUAUUGGAUGGCGGGAGUUACCACUCUCGGGAGAUCUUAUAUUAGAAGUUGAAAACGAGAAAAAAGCUAACUCGGUUAUAAGGUGGCGUGAAGCUGAAACGCAAAAAGAAAAAGCUAAAGAGGACUUAGUAGAAAUUCGUAAAAAAGAAGAAGAACAUUUAGAAAAGUAUAGAAAGGAACGUGACGCAAGGAGAAUGGCUGGCAGAUUUAGACUGCGUCAUGGACAACGCAGCAAGGAAUCUACACCCGAUAGUUUGAUUCCACGUGUAAAUAUAAUUCUGAAGGGAGAUGUGCAUGGGUCUAUAGAAGCAAUAUUGGACGUGCUUGAGACUUACACAGGCAAUGAACGCUGUCGAUUAGAUGUUAUUCAUUAUGGUGUAGGAAAUAUAAAUGAGGGAGAUAUAGAGUUGGCUAAAGCAUUCGAUGCCAUUAUAUAUGCUUUUUCAUUAAAGUCUUUUUUGAAAGAACCAAAUGAAGUAACGGUUCGUAGGUUUGAUGUUAUAUAUCAUUUGAUAAAUGAUCUUAAAGAAGUUAUUAGCUCAAAGCUAGCUCCAAUUGAAGUAGAAGACACCGUUGGCGAAGCCGUUGUUUUGCAGCAAUUUUUUAUAACAGAUGGAAGAAAAGAAGUUCCUGUAGCUGGUUGCCGUUGCACAAAAGGAGCCCUCAAAAAAGCUCUCAAAUUUCGUCUCGUAAGAAAUAAUGAAGUUGUUUAUGAGGGCCAAGUUGAGUCAUUACGCCAUUUAAAGAACGAAGUCGAUACAAUUAAAAAAGAUGUGGAAUGUGGUGUACGAAUGCAGGAUGUUAAAGUUAUACCUCAGCCUGGCGAUAUAAUUGUGUGCUAUACAACUCAUAUGGAAAAUCAAAAAACCGAUUGGGACCCUGGUUUCUAAGGUUUUUUCAAGCCAUAUAUUUAAUUUAUAUGACUAGAUAAUAGGCAAUUUAUACAGUUUACCGUUAUAUAAAAUUGAAUCAUUAAAAAAAACU